GCGGCAUGCGGCGCAACGUGCGUACGCCUUCUCUUCGACGCGCGUGCUACUUCCAUACUUGUUUCCGUUGUUUAUUGUCGUCUCGCUUGUGUAUCAGUGAUUGCACUUUUGCGAUUUACGCGCCGACCGUGGCCAACGCAUUCAUCGCCAGCGACGGCAGAGGCGAUUGGGGGCGGACCGAACAGCCAUGCGAUAAGAUGCUGAGCGACGUUGCUGGCGCGGCGGCGAGGAUGAGCACAAGCUCGAGGCUUUCGUCGUGGUCGCUAGCAGCAGUCAGUGACAGCUGACCGAUGGCGAGCGUCGUCCUCGCCACUGCCACCGCCGCCUUCCUCCUCCUCCUCCUCCUCCUCCUCCUCCUCCUCCUGCUUCUCCUCUUCUUCCACCGAGUGCCUCUGUGAAGGCGCCACGCAGCGGUUUACACGCGAGAGUUUGCAGCGAUGAUUAGCCGCGAGCUGUGCGCUGCUGCUACCGCCGCCAGGGCGACCACGCUGGCAUUACUUGUGCUCGCUACGCUGCGAGAUGUUAUUGGCAAACCGGCUUUCUCGCCUGUCUACGUUGAUGAUAGAGCGCAAAACUACCUGAUGAAGUUUGGCUACCUGCCGCAAAGCGACCUCGAGACAGGCAACCUCAGGACGGAUGAUCAACUCAAAGAUGCCAUACGAAGUUUGCAGAGAUUCGGCGGCAUCGAGGAGAGCGGCGUGCUGGACGAGGCGACGCAGAGGCUGAUGCUCAGCCGCCGAUGCGGCCUACCGGAUAAGCCGGAUCUGCGCCUGCAGGACUACCCGAGCAGCGGCUCGCUCGUUCGCCACAAGCGCUACACCCUGCACGGCACGCCCUGGAAGCAUCUCAAUCUCACUUGGAGUUUGAGGACGGAAAAUCCGAGCGGACUGGAGACUGGCAGCGUGAGACGCGAGUUAAGCCGCGCCCUCAAGUUGUGGCAGAAGAACUCCAAGCUCGCCUUUCAAGAAAUCAACAGCGACUCCGCCGACAUCUUGAUCUACUUCCAUCGGGGCUAUCACGGGGACGGAUAUCCGUUCGAUGGCAGAGGACAGAUACUGGCGCACGCCUUCUUCCCGGGCAGCGAUCGUGGUGGCGAUGCCCAUUUCGACGAGGAAGAGCAAUGGACCCUCAGCGACAGUAGCCUCGACGAUGGUACCAGUCUAUUCGCAGUGGCAGCGCACGAAUUCGGCCAUUCGUUGGGCUUGGCGCACAGUUCGGUGCGAGGCGCCCUCAUGUAUCCUUGGUACCAAGGGAUAACCGAGGAUUACGAAUUGCCGGAGGACGAUAAGCACGGCAUACAGCAGAUGUACGGUGCGCCGGACAGAUUGUGGGGCAAGAAUCCCGACUAUCCUUACUACCGUCCGCAUCUACGUCCACCAUCGACGACGGCGAGGACGACGGCGAGGACGACGGCGAGGACGACGGCGAGGACGACGGCGAAGACGACGACGACGACGACCACCACCACCACCACCACCACCACCACCACCACGGAGCGACCAUGGCGGACGCGACCGUACACUCCGAGGGAACCGUCGUACACGCCUCGCGAGCAUCCCUACAGACCGAAUCAUUAUCCACCGGAGGAGCGACCGCGAUACCCCGACGAAAGACCGCCGCGCCGACCCGAGUAUCCGGGCGCCGAGCGACCACGUCAACCCUAUUACCCAACGAGUAGAGCCGACUGGCCGGCAGCGAGCACGCCAAGGAGGCCGCCUUAUCACAGGCCGCACCAUCAUCAUCCCAACACCGUUGGCACGACGUCCAGUCCGAGGUACAGACCUGCCGUGAAGAAGGACGCGCCCGACAAGUGCGACACGGACUACGACGCCAUCAGUCUCAUCAGGAGAGAGCUCUUCAUCUUCAAAGGACGAUAUGUAUGGCGGCUGAACGAUCGUGGACUGGUGGAAGGUUUCCCAGCCGAGAUAACCCAGCUGUUCAAGUUUCCAAUGGAGGUGGAUCACGUGGAUGCGGUUUACGAACGUACGGAUAACAACGGCAUCGUCUUCUUCGUCGGUCGCAAUUACUACGUCUUCAACGCGUUCUAUCUCGAACCCGGCUAUCCUAAACCUAUUACCGAGUUGGGUCUACCACCUGAUCUCAAGAAAAUCGAUGCCGCCAUGGUUUGGGGUUACAACAAAAUGACCUACUUCUUCAGUGGCAACAUGUAUUGGAGGUUCGACGAGAACGUGAACUAUGUGGAACUGGACUAUCCGAGAGAUAUCAGUAUGUUCGCCGGUAUUGGCACGGAUAUCGAUGCGGCUUUCCAAUGGAAAAACGGUACGACGUACUUCUUUAAAGGCAGGCACUUUUGGCAGUUCGACGACAUGCGCAUGAGGGUGGCUCACAAAAGACCCAAGCUCUCGGCGCAGUACUGGAUGAAUUGUCCACGAGGAAUUGAAACCAAUGACGUCGACUUUGAAUACCCUACCAAGCCGCGAAUCCACAGUAUAUCUGCGAGCGCUGCAACCCCGAUGAGCUCGUGUCACGCCAUUGUCGCUGUGACAUUGCUGUUACCUUUGUUUAGACGAGUGUAUGCGUAGGCAAAU